CAGCCCCGACGAGGGUGUGACCUCCGUAGCUGCUGAAGACAAGUGCAGCCCGUCUCGGCACGAUCGAAGAACCUCUGCUUGGGCGAGUGAACUCUGAUCUUGACACGGAGUCAUAGCCAUGGAAACCAAAAGAGGCACCAUCAAAGCUGCUUCAGGAUUCAGUGCCACUGAAGAUGCCCAGACCCUGAGGAAGGCCAUGAAAGGGUUGGGCACCGAUGAAGACGCCAUUAUCAGUGUCCUCGCCUACCGCGACACGGCCCAGCGCCAGGAAAUCAGGACAGCCUACAAAACCACCAUCGGCAGGGACCUGAUAGAUGACUUGAAGUCGGAAUUGAGUGGCAAAUUUGAGCGUGUGAUCGUGGGGAUGAUGACGCCCACUGUGCUGUACGACGUGGAGGAGCUGCGGAGGGCCAUGAAGGGAGCUGGCACGGAUGAGGGAUGCCUGAUUGAGAUCCUGGCCUCCCGGACACCGGAGGAGAUCCGGCGCAUAAACCAGACCUACCAGCUGCAGUAUGGGCGGAGCCUUGAAGAUGACAUUCGCUCUGACACGUCCUUCAUGUUCCAGCGCGUCCUGGUGUCCCUGUCCGCUGGUGGCAGGGAUGAAACCAAUUACCUAGAUGAUGCUCUCGUGAGGCAGGAUGCCCAGGACCUGUAUGAGGCUGGGGAGAAGAAAUGGGGGACAGAUGAGGUGAAAUUUCUGACUGUGCUCUGUUCCCGGAAUCGAAAUCAUCUGUUGCAUGUGUUUGAUGAAUACAAAAGGAUAUCACAGAAGGAUAUUGAACAGAGUAUUAAAUCUGAAACAUCUGGUAGUUUUGAAGAUGCCCUGCUGGCCAUAGUAAAGUGCAUGAGGAACAAAUCUGCAUAUUUUGCUGAAAGGCUUUAUAAAUCUAUGAAGGGCUUGGGCACCGAUGAUGACACCCUUAUCAGAGUGAUGGUUUCUCGAGCGGAGAUUGAUAUGUUAGACAUUCGGGCACACUUCAAGAGGCUCUAUGGAAAGUCUCUGUACUCCUUCAUCAAGGGUGACACAUCUGGAGACUACAGGAAGGUCCUGCUUAUUCUCUGUGGAGGAGACGAUUAAAAUAAAAUCCUGGAAAGAUAAGAGGAUUCUCAAAACCUUUAUAUUUUUUAACUUCAUUUUUCUACACUGCUAUUAACAUUAUCUCAGAAUGCUUAUUUCCAAAUUAAAACGCCUACAGAUGUCUCCUAGGAUAUAGACUGUUAUUAUUCAUCUGUAAUUAUAACUCAUGAUGCUUAAAAGCUCUACUUGUAUUUCAAAGCUUAUAAAACCUAAAAGGAGAUUUAAAAUUAGAAAUAAUAAUGUACUCCAUGUUUUUAA